CACAGCCGAGCCCAGCUUGGUAGCUUUGCAGCACACGAUACAAACGAUCACGCGCUAACCGGGUGUCAUCCGGCACAGGAGAUAUCCUGUCGCGGAGGUUCCUCACUGAAAUGAGGCGCGGAACUGGGUUGGUCUUGGUUGCAACGCUGGGGUCGCUAAGGGAGGCGACCAGCUUUACAAUGUUGUCCGGUCUGAGACGGACCGGUGCCAGGCGCGGGAUGAUGGCCUUCCUUGGCUCGACAGGGGUUCCGUCCUCAUCCAGCACGCCGAAGGCUUCGUCUCGGUGGGCAAGCACGGCGGUGAUGUCGGCAUCGGCUCAGAGCGUUGUGUCCGACGGGCCUUCCCUCUCCGUCAGCAAGAGGAAGGAGUCAGUGGCACACGAGGCCUAUGACGUCGUUGAGGAGGAUUUCGUGGCGGAGUACGGGGCCACCACCACGCUCUACAAGCACAAGAAGUCCGGGGCGGAGGUUCUGAGCGUCCAGAUCGACGACGACAACAAGGUAUUCGGGGUCACCUUCAGAACCCCCCCGGAGGACUCGACCGGAGUGCCGCACAUCCUGGAGCACUCGGUGCUCUGCGGCAGCCGAAACUACCCUGUCAAGGAGCCCUUCGUGGACCUGCUCAAGGGCUCCCUGCAGACCUUCCUCAACGCUUUCACCUACCCGGACCGCACCUGCUACCCGGUUGCAUCCCAGAACCUUAAGGACUUCUACAACCUUGCGAACGUGUAUCUGGACGCGGUUUUCUACCCCCGGGCGGUCAGCGACCCACAGGUGAUGGAGCAAGAGGGGUGGCACUACGAGCUCGAGGACACAAGUGACCCCCUGACGUACAAGGGCGUGGUUUUCAACGAGAUGAAGGGCGUCUACUCGUCUCCGGACUCGCUCCACGGCCGCACCUGCCAGCAGACUAUUUUCCCCGACAACGCUUACGGCGUCGACUCCGGAGGAGACCCAUCGGCCAUCCCUAGCCUGACUUUCGAGUACUUCAAGGGCUUCCACCAGCGAUUCUACCACCCGGGCAACAGCCGCGUCUACUUUUACGGAGAUGACCCCCCGCUCAAGCGUCUGGAGCUAUUGGACGGCUACCUCUCCGACUUCGACGCAUCCGGCGCUGACACUAGCGGAUCGCAGGUUCAGUGGCAAAAGAAGAAGACAGAGCCGUGGAGGGUUACGGAGGAGUUCCCUGCCGGAGAGGACAGCAAGGGCAAGCACAUGGUGUCCGUCAACUGGCUGCUGAACGACGAGCCGCUCUCCGUCAAAGACGCGCUAGCGCUCGAGCUCACCGACGACCUGCUGGUGGGCACGUCGGCUGCCACUCUUCGCAAGGCCCUCACCGACAGCGGUCUCGGAGAGAGCGUCAUCGGGGGCGGGCUGAGCUCGGAGCUGUUGCAGAACACCUACAGCAUCGGCCUCAAGGGAGUCUCGAAGGAUGACGUUCCUAAGGUCGAGGCUCUCGUCUUGGAAACCCUUGAGAAGAUCGCCGAGGACGGUUUCGACCAAGAGGCGAUCGACGCCUCCAUCAACUCCGUAGAGUUCAACCUCAGGGAGUUCAACACCGGCUCUUUCCCCAGGGGCCUGUCUUUCAUGCUCGGAGCGAUGAGUGACUGGGUGUACAACCGCAACCCCACGGAGAGCCUCCACUUCGAAGGCCCCCUCAAGGAGCUCAAGGAUGACCUCGCCUCCGGGAAGAAGGUGUUCGAGGGCAUCGUAAAGAACAUGCUCGUAGACAACGGCCACCGCGCCACCGUCGAGAGCGUGCCCAACACCGAGCUGGAGGCUGUUAUCGAAGGCAAGGAGAAGGGAAAGUUGGACGAGGUCAAGAAGAGCAUGUCCGAACAGGACCUCCUGAACGUGAUCGAGUCUACCAAGCUUCUCAAGGAGGCCCAAGCGAAGGAGGACUCCCCCGAGGCUAAGGCUAGCCUGCCCACGCUGGCAGUUUCGGACCUGGAGCGCGAGAUCAAGAGCAUCCCCAUCGCCGUAGACAGCGUGCAGGGCGUCGACGUGAUCAUGCACGACCUCCCCAGCAGCGGCAUCCUGUACGCCGACGUCGGAGUAGACCUGAGCAACAUCCCUCUCGAAGACAUGCCCAUCCUGGGGAUAUUCUCCCGCGUCAUGAUGGAGACCGGCACCUCGAAGAUGGACCGCGUGCAGCUUUCCCGCCGCAUCGGCAGCCAGACGGGAGGCAUCUACGCGACCUUCCUGGCCGACCAGCCCUCCGCCGGCGGCGCGGUGGCUGACCCCGGGGCACUGAAGCAGUACCUGUUCCUCCGCGGAAAGGCCGUCGCGGACAAGGUACCCGACAUGCUCUCCAUCAUGUUCGACGUGAUGACGGACGCUAACCUUGACAGUCAGCAGAGAGUCGUGGAGAUGCUCAAGGAGUCUAAGGCCCGUCUUGCGUCGUCGAUCCAGGGAUCUGGACACUCGUUCGCGAACACACGCCUCGAGGCCAGAUACACCGUGGACGGGUACCUGGGCGAGCUCCAGGGGGGAGUGACGUACGUGAACACGGUCAAGGACAUGCUGGACGAGGCCGAAAACGACUGGCCCAAGAUGCUCAAGCGCCUCCAGCGCGUCCGCGCCACCCUCCUGUCCAAGAAGCAGUUCCUGGUUAACCUUACGGGGGACAAGUCUGUCUUGGACGGGUCGAGCGAGGCGGUGUCGGAGUUCCUCUCACGCCUUCCGGAGGAGACCGAGGGUGCUGUUACCAACACGGCUCCUCUGGCGGAGCAAGUGAAGCUGCUGGAGGAGAAGGACGAGGGCUUCGUCGUACCGACUCAGGUGAACUACGUGGUCAAGGGCGGACCGCUCUACAAGCCGGGGGAAGUCGUGCCUGGCCAGGCGUCGGUCGUGUCGAGGUUCCUCCGCACUGGCUACCUGUGGGACACCGUGAGAGUCAUGGGCGGGGCGUACGGCGGGUUCACCAAGUUCAGCCCCGUGUCCGGCCUGUUCAGCUGCCUGUCGUACCGCGACCCUAACCUGGGAAAGACGCUCGACAACUACGACGGCUGCGCAGCCUACCUGACGGGCUUGGACCUACCCCAGGAGGAGAUUGACUCGAGCAUCAUUGGGGCCAUCGGAGACAUGGACGGGCCCAUGCCUGCGGACUCCAAGGGGUGGACUAGCCUUAGAAGGCACCUCAUGGGGCACACCGACGAAGCGAGGCAGCGCUUCCGUAACGAGGUGCUGGACACGAAGCUGGACGACUUCGUCGAGUUCGGCAAGAGGCUUGAGGGGCUAAAGUCCACGGCAAGCAUUGCAGUGGUUGGGUCGAAGGCGGCCUUCGAGACGUUCAACGAGGCAGCAAGCGACGACGGCAAGAUCGAGGUCAUCGACCCCUUUGCGCAGGAGUAGCCAAAUGCAGCGUAAUGUAGAGGAAGAAAAUUGACUUGACCAGUGAACGGAUUCUCGGUGUUCGCGAAUGAACAGCAAAAGUUUUAGUGCACUAGGUUUUUAGUUGGUCGUUGGUCGGGAAAGAUUUCCAGGUAUCAAGCUUGACAUUUGGAUGAGGUUUGAGGGAGAGUUUAGAGUGUACGUGGUGAAGGACUGUCCGCGUACCCCAGUAAGACCGUUUGGGAGUUGCACACGCAGCGGCAGGCGUUCUCAACCGAGGUCGUCGACCGUUUCGCAACGAGCUUCUUUCCCCGGGGACUGGGAGCAUGGAGAGAGAUUUGGUGGGCGUUUACCCUGGGAGUUUGUGCGUGUCUUUGCUGUGUGUUCUGAAACGAAUUUUUGUGUGUGUUUGGCGGCGGUAGCGGUGCAGAAGCGCCGUGUCGGAGGGAUUCGUUGGUUUUUUAGAAGAGGGGGCUGCUGUGUUUCGGCGCUGGUCCAAUCGGAAACGAGGAUUCAAGGUACAACACGUACCGCGUCACAUGUUUGGUGUGAAGGAGCGUGAGUUAAUGGGCAAUAACCUUUGGCGUGUGGAAAAAGAUGCAAGUGGAUUGCGGGGGUUUUGGUGCAGCGAUGCUGUCGUGCGGAUGGAUGGUUUCGGCGACGCCAAGAGAUCGCCAAGACAACUUUACAAGCAUGUUUCAUUCUUGAGGCAUGAAGUGUGAAGCGAACUACAGCAAGUAACGUUCAUUGCUGGCUCUGGCACCGCAGGUAACCCCAAAACGUAUGCAUGCAUGUCUCGUUUGCAGCGGCGUUGUUGCGGACGAUGUAUGCAUUCUGUACGCCUGUUGUUCUCCAACCACCAUUAAACGAUGCUCUACCCACGAAUGAGCGAUAGAACGAAGUACGGCCAAAGUCAUUUUUGCCAAGACCUGAGGCAAUCGGCAACUUGCAAAGGCGCCAUGUGAUGGAAGCCAGCCGAAAGCUUGUAGACGUUGAGGUUCAGAAAACAGACGGAAAACACCACACCCAUUUAUUCCCUCGCUUAUUUCCUUCCCUCUUCUGCACCACGGACGGGCACAGGUCGGGGAUGAAAACUCCCUCCCCCC